AUGGAUCUAGACGAGGACGCCUUUCUGGCAACUUUCGAUAAUGACCAAGACUAUCUGAAAGCGCUCACCGGGGGGCCAUGGAUCAUCCUCGAUCACUACUUAAUUGUCUAUCAAUGGUCUCCAUCAUUCCGGAUCGGUGAUGCCAUUCCAAGGAAGGUAACGGCCUGGGUACGAUUUCCCGGGCUUCCUGUUCAUUUUUACCAUAGAGAGGUAUUGUUCGCCCUCGGGAAUCUGAUCGGGCGCACGAUUAAGCUAGACUACCACACCGAACAAGGGCAAAGAGGCAAGUUUGCGCGUAUAGCAAUUGAAUUGGACAUGUCGAAGCCCCUUCGGCCUCGGAUUCGUCUCGAUGGUUUCUGGCAGAAGGUUGUCUAUGAGAAUCUUCCCAACGCGUGUUUCCAAUGUGGCAUCGUGGGGCACUCUGAAACCUCUUGCCCUACGCUCAACCGACCUGUCGUUCCGGUGGCACCCUGCGCUGAAUUGCUACCUCCUUCUUCACCGGAGCCACCGUCGGAGACAGAGGCACCAGCCGGGUUUGGUCCCUGGAUGCAGGUCACGCGAAAGAGUCGGAAACCGGAAAGGAAACAAACGCCCACACAGGCGGCAAACCAGGCGGUCAUUCAGGGUUCCAAAACCGGAAAGAAGAAUCAACCACAAAAGGAAAUCGGCCGUACCAGCUCGGCACCUGAUUUGGCAAAGGCAAUUGUAGGAAAAGGAAAGUCCAACGGGCAGCAUAUAGGCGAGACCUCCUCCAAGAAUGCGGACAAAACAACUAAAGGCAAACAAAAUGGAAUGGCCUCGGCGGGAACAAAUAUUGGGGAAGGUGAUAAGAAAGGAAACAAGGAUGAGAAGAACCCUCCGAGCAGUUCGUCGAAAUCUCCAUCAACCUCCGGAAAGCAGCAGCCGAUCGCGUUAGGGCAGCAGCCGAAAGAGAAAGGUUUGCUGGGCCCGAGCCCACCCUCGCAACUCACAUCACAGAAAAAAGAAGGCCCAGCGGUCUCUACGGCGUCCAUCGUAGGCAAGAGCUCGGGCUCGACGAACACUUUUGGGCCGAGCUUGGAGGGAAUUAAUGCUCGUACAGUUCUAGGGCCAAAAGGGGAGGCCAUUUCUGUGUUUGAUGUUCAGUACUCUGAACCCCCCUCCCACUGCCAAGCGAACGUAGACAUUCCCCUCUCAAGCCUGCGUAUCAAAAACCAAAACAAGAAGAACAUUUCAACAGGGAAGAAGGGAGUCUUGAUGACACAAUCCAACAAAGCCCUCCAAAUAUGGUCCCCGAAGAAAGAAAAGAAGAAUAAAUCGCGCGAUAAAUUGGUCGCGAUAACCCUUCAGGAGAUUGAAGCUUGGAGCAGGAUGGCGAACGAGAACUUGGCGGUCCCGACGAAAGAGCCAACUCCAUCGCCGGCGGCCACAGUAGAUAACGAGAGCAACGAAUUGAUGAGCCGAGGGGACCCAGCUGCAGCCGACCGCUCACCUGCUAGCCUCUGA